AUGAGAUCAAUACAGCAGAACAGCGCUACUCCUCGCUUACUCGAGGCGAAACAAGAUGAAACAAACCAAGUUCGUCGUGAUUCUCCGCCGAUAGCAGAACGCCAAAGUGACGAUAUCGAAACUCAACGACAGUUCGAAAAAGAUGACCCAGACGCUCUAGACUGGGACGGACCAGAGGACCCUGACAACCCUAUGAACUGGCCGCCGCGGAAGAGGACAGCGCAUAUUAUUCUCAUUGCGUUGGUUCAGUUGGUCUCCAACCUUGCAUCGACCAUGUUUGCCCCAGCCGGCAAGCUUCUAAUGCACGACUUUGACUUCUCUAGCCGAACCCUAUCAUCCCUCUCCGUCUCCAUCUACGUCCUCGGUUUCGCUAUCGGUCCGCUCAUAUGGGCUCCUCUGUCGGAGGUCUACGGUCGCAUUCCCAUUUACAUAAUAUCAACCAUCAUCUUUAUCGGGUUUGUCCUUGGGUGUGCCUUCUCAACAAGCCUUGCCAUGUUCAUGGUCUUUCGAUUGCUUUCCGGCUGUGGCGGUGCUGCAUCUCUCGCUUUGAGCGGCGGAACCCUCGCAGACCUGGUUCCUAGGCAACAAAGGGGCAAGUGGAUGGCUCUCAUUGCCAUUGGACCUAUUAUGGGCCCAACCAUUGGCCCGGUGGUCGGUGGCUUUGUGGGCCAAAACAUAGGAUGGCGUUGGGUAUUUCGACUUAUGGCUAUAUGUAUCGGGGCCCUUAUCCCUUUGGCUGCGUAUACCCUGCGGGAGACAUAUGCUCCCGUGAUCCUCUUGCAGAAAGAGAAUCAGCGCCGAAUGUCCCUGGGGCUUCCUCUAGUCUCUGCCGGAAGAGAUGUUUCGGCAAAGCUAAAGCGAAGCAUUUUACGACCCUUCAAACUUCUCUUUCUAUCGCCUGUCGUCCUCUUCCUCGCUCUAUACGCAGCGUUCUGCUUUGGUCUCAUGUUUCUACUUCUAACCACCUUCUCAAAUGUCUUCAGUGGUCAGUAUGAUUUCGACAUGGGCAUUACCGGCCUUUGCUACCUUGGUAUGGGAGUCGGCACACUUGGAGGCCUUAUCGCCCAAGGCAAGUUCAGUGACAACAUUAUGCGUAAACGUGCAGAACAGAGAGGUGGAGAGCCCAAGCCCGAGGAUCGAAUCCCGUUGAUGGCUUACUUGUCUUGGACUAUACCUGUAGGAAUGUUCUGGUAUGGCUGGAGUACCGAUGAAAAAGCACAUUGGAUUGUGCCUAUUAUUGGCUCGGCUUUUGUUGGUAUUGGCUUUAUCUUCGUCGUGAUGCCCUCGAUGAUCUAUCUCGUCGACUGCUUUGGCCCAGAAGCUGCAGCAUCUGCCCUCGCCGCUCACACAGUGCUGCGGUCUGUCACUGCGGCGUUUUUACCUCUCGCAGGACCUCGAAUGUAUGAAUCUCUGGGCUUAGGCUGGGGAAACAGCCUCUUAGCCUUUCUUACAAUUGCAAUGAUUCCAAUUCCGUGGUAUUUUAUGAAGAAUGGUGAGAGACUGAGGCUUAAUUCUAAGCUAGUUUUAUAG